UCUGUCUCGUCAUCUUUCUUUCUCUCCCUCUCUCACCGUCUUAUUAUUUCAACGGACACCAACAUACAAUUCUCAAAGGAUUUCAGAAGACCUCUUCCCAUUUUCCGCUCUCCUCUUCCUUUCCUCUUGAAAUCGAUUUCUUUUCAAGCUUCAAAUUGUUUACGUCGGAUCAGUGCAUGAAGAAUAUUUGAAGAGGGAUUCCUUUGAAGUGGGCUGCACAACUCUGCCAUUGUAGAGCAUUGUUUUUUUAACACCGGCUACGAUGAAGAAAGUAUUUGGUCAAACUGUUAGGGAUAUCAAGAGAGAGGUGAACAAAAAAGUGCUUAAAGUUCCUGGAAUAGAACAGAAGGUUCUUGAUGCUACAAGCAAUGAGCCCUGGGGUCCUCAUGGAUCGCUUCUUGCAGAUAUUGCACAGGCAACCAGAAACUAUCAUGAAUGCCAAAUGAUCAUGGCAGUAAUCUGGAAGCGGAUUAAUGAUACUGGCAAGAACUGGCGGCAUGUCUAUAAGGCUUUGAUUGUUCUGGAUUACCUCGUAGCCCAUGGGUCAGAGCGCGUCAUAGAUGAGACCAGGGAACAUGCUUAUCAACUACAAACAUUGGCUGAUUUUCAAUAUAUUGAUUCCAGUGGAAGGGACCAGGGAAGCAAUGUCAGGAAGAAAUCUCAGAGUCUUGUGGUUCUAGUGAACGAUAAAGAAAAAAUAAUUGAAGUUAGACAGAAGGCUGCUUCUAACAGGGACAAGUUCCAUAGCACCUCAUCAACUGGUGGAAUGUAUAGGCCCAGUUCAUAUUCUGGUAUUGGAGGAUAUGGUGACAGAUUUGAUGAUGAUCGUUAUGAAGGCCGCUACGGAAGCAGGGAUGAAGGCUUUGGGAGAGAGAGAGAAACUGGUUAUAGGGAUGACGAGCCCCAUGGUAGAUACGGGGACUCACGUAGUCGUGAUGGAGAUCUUUAUAGCAGAGAUUAUGAGGAACGCUAUAGUAGAGAUGGUUAUAGGGAUGACGAUUAUAGAGGAAGAAGUCAGAGUGUCGAUUACCAGUAUGGCUCAAGAAGUAGGAGCUCUGAUAGAGACAGAGACCAGGCUUUUGAUGAUGAUGGUCAAUAUUCAUCUCGAGGCAGUGGUGGCAGAGCUGACAAUCAAUCUGUAGAUGGAAGGCGGCUUGAACGGAAAUUUUCUGAACAGAAUAUUGGUGCUCCUCCAAGUUAUGAAGAAGCUGUAAGUGAGUCCCGAAGCCCUGUUCACAGUCAAAGGAAUGAAGAAGCUUCAGCAGCAUCUGCUCCCAAAGAUUUGCCACCUGUUGACAAUAUUCCAAGUCCAGCAACCACUUCUCAUGGUGCUUUGGCAUCUCCCCAGAACCUGGAAGUUGGGGCUUCUGAUGAAUUUGAUCCCCGUGGUCCAGUUUCAGCUGCUCCAGCUACCUCAAACAAUGCCGAGAUGGACUUAUUUGGCUCACUGUCAGAUUCAUUUCCCUCAAACUCGUUAGCCAUUGUGCCAACUACAUCUGCAACCACAACCUCUGAGGCUGAUGCCUACUCACAUGCUGCUCCAGCAACCACUUUUGUGGCUGCAGCUUCAGCAGCUGAUGUUGUGAAUCAGGCUUUUGAAGAUCCAUUUGGUGAUUCUCCUUUCAAAGCUCUUCCUUCCACCGACGGUUUCCCAACUCAACAUCAGACUUCUGCUCCCACAACUUCCCUCCAGCUUACCACAAACAGGAGUGCUGAACCACCCCAGCAAGCUGCUCCAAAGGCCGAUGCAGUCUCAAACUUUGACUUUGAGGACACAUUUUCUGGCCUUACUUUCUCCGAACAUAUUGUUUACAAUAAUCAACCUCCAACAAACUCACAGUAUUCACCUCAAGAGCUGUCUAGCCCACAGCAUAACACUGAUAUUCUGGCGGACAUCCUCCCUCCUGGACCUUCAUCCACUUUUACUUCACAGCAAGCUUUUCCAAGUCCAACUGGCCAUCCUUUACAGCCAACUGCUAAUAUGUACAGCACUUUCCACACACAGGCAGGACCUGUAGCUCCUCAGAUUCAAGCUGGACCUCCUGCACAGCUUAGUAGCGGAGGCUUCCUUCCCCAUGGAGGACCCACAUCUCUCCCCACUUCACUCAUGGUUCCACCAACUCCAGCUGGACCAACUGCACAGCUUAAUGGUGGAAACUUUUUUCCACAACAGGGACCACCUCCCAUCACUUCGCAUAUGCCUCAAGCAUUAACUGGGCCAACUUCACAGUUUAACGGUAUGACCUACCUUCCACUACAGGGUCCUGCAACUCCUGUAGAUGCACAUAUUGCUCAAACUUCCACUGGACCAGCUGUUCAACCUAACAGUGAUGUUCUUGGUAAUUUACUCCCUCAAGCUGGACCAAAUGACCCUACAAUUCCACAACAAAUUCUUCCGUCUUCAUCUGGAUCACUUUCAAUAUUUCCUCAACCAGCAAAGGACAAGUUUGAGACCAAGUCAACUGUUUGGGCCGAUACGCUAAGCAGAGGGCUUGUGAAUUUAAAUAUAUCUGGACCUAAAAUAAAUCCUAUGGCAGAUAUUGGAAUUGAUUUUGAUGCACUUAAUCGGAAGGACAAGAGGAUGGAAAAACCUGCCACAACUCCUGUUAUGUCUACUGUCAACAUGGGGAAAGCUAUGGGAUCUGGUUCUGGGAUGGGCCGUGCUGGUGCCAGUGCCCUCAGACCUCCAUCAAAUCCUAUGAUGGGUUCUGGUAUGGGCAUGGUUAGUAGGCCCGGUGGUGGCAUGGACAUGGGGGUAUAUGGAGGCAUGAAUCAACCCAUGGGAAUGGGAAUGGGAAUGCAGAUGGGAAUGAACAUGGGGAUGGGGCAAGGGGUCCAGAUGCAACCACCAACUGGAUUACCUCCAGGCUCAAACAUAUCUGGUGGUUAUAACCCCAUGAUGGGCACAGGUGGUUAUGUUCCUCAGCAGCCUUAUGGCGGCGGCUAUCGAUGAGAUUGAGCCAAGUACUUGUGUUGUUGGAAAAGUAAUUAAUACCUAAGAGGGUGAAAAAGGCUUUUGACAUUAGCAAGUCCAGAGUUGGAAUCCGUCUACUACAAUGCACUCUGGUCUGAUAUUUGCUAUAGAGUUGUGUGUUUUUGUUCGAAAAGGUUAAUCUUCUGGAAAAUGGCGGAUGCAGGUAUGCUUAUUCAUUUUGUCUCUUUCUAAUCCUUUUUGGGCCAAGGAGAGAGGUGUAGGAACGCUGGUUUUGGUUGUGAUAUUGUUGAUCACUCUUGGGUCUUUCACUUAAAUAUUAUUUUUUUGUUACUGUACAAUAAAUAUAUGAUGAUUCAUAAUUCA